AUGAGCCAUGGUGAGCACAGCGGGUGCCUGCGGCAGGGUCUGGGGUCCAUCUGGGAGCAACUCCCCCGUCAGCCCCAAAGGCGAACCCCAAGGUACCUUCUCGUAGAGCGGACAGACAGCAGCCCCUCAUCCGAGGCCUCACCACCCUCCCAGCUGAGCACCGUCGCCCCGGAGGACCUGGGGCUCCUAGAGGAAGAGUUGGCCAGCCCUGAGUCCCUGAGCCCAGAGGAGGUCUCAGAGAAGGAUGCGUGCAGCCACCUGCCGUCCGAUGCAUCCAACCCAGAGCAGGGCACCCCGAAGCACUGGAAGCAGCUGGAGAAGUGGGUGGCCAGCCUGCAGGCCGAGGUGGCGUCCCUGCGGGGACACAGGGUCCGCUGCGAGCAUGCCACGCUGAGCCUGCUGCGGGAGCUGCUGCAGGUGCGGGCCUGCCUGCAGCUGCAGGACGCACAGCUGAAGAGGCUGCAGCUGGAGGCGCGGCAGGCGGUUUCAGCCCCUGAGAAGGAAGCCGUCCAGCUCCCUGGCCCACAGCAGCAGAAUCAGAUGCAGGCUCUGGACAAGAGGCUGGUGGAAGUCCGGGAGGCCCUGACCCAGAUCCGGAGGAAGCAGGCACUCCAGGACUCCGAGCGGAAGGGCGCUGAGCAGGAGACUAGCCUCAGGCUGUCCGAGCUGACCGGGAAGCUGAAGCAGGAGGAGCAGGACCGCGAGGUGGCCUGCGGGGCCCUGCAGAAGAGCCAGGAGGAGGCGGGCCAGAAGCUGGACCACCAGGUGGCCAGGAUGCAGGCCCAGAUGACCAAGCUGGGGGAGGAGAUGAGCCUCCGCUUCCUCAAGAGGGAGGCCAGGCUGUGCGGCUUCCUGCAGAAGAGCUUCCUGGCCCUGGAGAAGAGGAUGAAGGCCUCGGAGAGUGCACGGCUGCGGGAAGAGAGCGCCCUGCGGGAGGAGCUGGAGGGCAAGUGGCAGCAGCUGCAGGAGCUGGACAUGGAGCGUGUGCGGGCCCAGCAGGGCCAGUGCCAGGAAGAGUGCCACCUCCUGGAGCAGUGCCGGGGCCUGGACAAGGCCGUGGUCCAGCUGACUGAGUUCGUGCAGCAGAACCAGGUGUCACUCAACCGCGUCCUGCUGGCAGAGCAGAAGGCCUGGGAUGCCAAGGGUCAGUUGGAGGACAGCCGGGCUGGGGAGCUGGCCACCUACCUGCAGGAGAACCUAGAGGCCAUGCAGCUGGCUGGGGAGCUGGCCCAGCAGGAGACACACGGCGCCCUGGAGCUGCUCCGAGAGAAGAGCCAGGCCCUGGAGGUGUCCGUGGCCGAGCUGGUCAGGCAGGUGAAGGACCUGAGUGACCACUUCCUGGCCCUGAGCUGGCGGCUGGACCUGCAGGAGCAUACACUGAGCGUGCGGCUGCGGGAGGCGAGUAAUGAGUGGGAAGCUGCAGAGCAGCGGUGGCGGGAAGGCCUGAUACGCUGUCGAGAGGAGGCGGAGACGCACCUGCGGGAGGUGCAGGAGCGACUGGACCGCCUGCCCCAGCAGAUAGAGGCAGUCACUGACAAGUGUGUGCUUCACAAGAGCGACUCGGACUGCAAGAUCUCUGCCGAGGCCACAGCCAGAGAGCUGGCGGUCGAGGCCGUGAGGCAGGAGCUGGCUGCCCUGCUGUCCUCCGUGCAGCUGCUCAGAGAGGGCAACCCCGGGCGCAAGAUCGCCGAGAUCCAGGGCAAGCUGGCCACGUUUCAGAACCAAAUGAUGAAACUGGAGACAAGCAUCCAGGACAACAAGACCAUCCAGAAUCUCAAGUUUAAUACAGAAACCAAGCUGCGCGCGGAGGCGAUGGCCACCCUGCGGGAGAGCGUGCUGCGCCUGUGGAGCGAGGAGGGCCCCUGGGCCCCGACGCUGGGCAGCAGGAGGGGCCCCAUGUCCCUGGGGCGGCAGCAGCUCUUUGUCAAGGAGGUGGCCCCUGACAACGUGGUCCCUGUGAACCGCUGGGGCGUGUAUCAGGCCGUGAGGUGGCUACAGUGGAAGGCGGUUCUCAUGAAUCUGACAUCCCAGCAGACGCCCAGCAGUGCGGCCCAGGAGAAGCCCCUCGGCCAGAAGCCUGCCCGCCGACUCUCGUCCCUGCCCGUUCCCCAGAAAUAA